AUGAGAAAGGCCUUGACGGUGCGUGGACAAAUCGACUCUUUGCUAGCUGUAAAAGCUGAACGGGAUAGAAAGGAAGGUGAAAAUGGAACAUAUCAAUUUAGAUAUGAAUUCCUUUUGGCAAGAGAUGAUCAUUGUGAGAUUACAGUUCGAAGAACCUAUGAUAAGGAAAUCCUUCUAACGUUUGAUGUAUCAGGCAAAUAUUAUGGAAAGCAAUUGCGUAAACCUUAUGAAGAGGAGGAAGUUUCUUCUGGCGAUAAACGUUCCAGUGAGGUUUUAAAACCAGAUUCAAUUUCCUCUGUGCAGACCAAGAAGGUUAGUAUUGAAACUUGUAAAUAG